UCUGAGACUGUCAACACUUUUUUUCUUUUUCAAGGUAGAAAUCAGACGGGAAGGGCUCAAGUAUGCCGCGAAUUGACAACGAUAUCAAGCUUGAUUUUAAAGAUGUUCUUUUCAGACCGAAACGAAGUACGAUUCGCAGCCGAUCUGAUGUUGAUCUCACCAGAUCGUUCAUCUUCCGUAACUCGGGCCAAACGUACACUGGUAUUCCUGUUAUGGCUGCCAAUAUGGACACUGUUGGUACUUUUGAAAUGGCAAAAGCUUUAUCAAAGCAUCUGAUGUUUACCACCAUACAUAAACAUUAUUCUGUUGAUGCAUGGAAGGAAUUUGCUGCUGCUAAUAAAGAUGCUCUUCCACAUUGUGCUGUAAGUGCUGGUAUCGCGGAGGGAGAUCUACAAAAGCUCAGUGAGAUUCUAGAAGCUGUUCCGGAACUCUCUUUUAUUUGUCUUGAUGUUGCUAAUGGGUACUCAGAACAUUUUGUUCAAUUUGUGCGAGAUGUAAGAAAGAAAUUCCCCAAACACACCAUAAUGGCUGGUAAUGUUGUAACAGGGGAGAUGGUGGAAGAAUUGGUUUUAUCGGGUGCUGAUAUAAUUAAAGUAGGUAUUGGUCCGGGUUCUGUCUGUACAACACGUAAGAAGACUGGAGUUGGAUAUCCACAACUCUCAGCUGUUAUAGAAUGUGCUGAUGCAGCUCAUGGCCUUGGUGGACAUAUUAUAUCGGAUGGUGGAUGUACCUGUCCUGGAGAUGUUGCCAAGGCAUUUGGUGCAGGAGCUGAUUAUGUCAUGAUGGGUGGAAUGUUAGCUGGACAUACAGAAUCGGGUGGAGAGUUGAUAGAACAAAAUGGAAAGAAGUUUAAAUUGUUUUACGGAAUGAGUUCAGCUACGGCCAUGAAGAAACAUGCUGGAGGCGUAGCUGAAUACAGAGCUUCCGAGGGUAAAACUGUUCAGAUUGAAUAUCGUGGGGAUGUAGAAAAGACAGUUCAGGAUGUUUUGGGUGGAAUAAGAUCAACAUGUACCUACGUUGGAGCGUCGAAACUGAAAGAAUUGAGCCGUAGAACGACAUUUAUUCGUGUGACACAACAAAUCAAUGAAGUUUAUAGUUCAGUUACUACCCAGCAUUAAUCUAUGUUAUUAGGGCUAGAAAUAAACAAAUUGUCAAGUCAUUGAUAGCGUGCCUCAUGCAACCAAAAUUUUCCCUGCUGUUGAACUCGACACGGCGAAUGUGCACUCGUCAGCGGCUUUUCUCGAAUUGAUUUCUGACUUGUCACGUGGUGCGAUAACGCUCAGUACAAGAGUCUAUAAAUAACCAUUGCAUAUGAAAUUCUCUACACAUCUACACAGGGUCUCUGAUAUAAUCCUAUUAGUACCAAACCUUUUCUGUGAAAUUGUACUAGUUUUGGCCCAGUUACAGCUUGAGUCUUUAAUAAACUCCUAUUAGUACCAAACCUUUUCUGUGAAAUGGCGACAAUGUAAUAUUAUUUUUAUCUGAAAUCUGCUUACUUCUAGCCCUAUAUAAUUUGAUAUAACAAUCGUCUCUUUAUAUUGUUGUGUUUCUAUUGGUCAGCGUAAAAGCUUUAAAUAUUCAGUAUUAUAAUCAUAUGUAGAGACAUUUUUAUUACCAUGCCAACAGAUUUUGAUUUUACAACAUUAGGAUUAAUGGAUAUAUUGUGAUAUUGCAAUUGCAUCAUGAUUUGAAACAAUGAAAAUAGUAUAUGAAAUAACUGCUUUGUUGAUAGGUAUAUAUAUUUUAGUAAUUGAACAUAUUAACACAAGGUACAAUUUUAUUUAUGCAGAUAAAAGACGCAUUCACAGUAAUAAAAAUAAUUGUGUAUGCAUAAAAUUGUAUUGUGUGUUUAUAUGCAAUAGGCAUGGAAAAACAAGCCUACAAGUAGAUUAUAAGAGUAAAUACCACCCUUGUCAGGCACCAUUGUACGAAAUCGGAUAUCUGUAAAACGAAUUUAAAAAGUCUUUACUAAUACAUGUAUAUCUGGUAUUGUUUUGUUUUAGAAUAUAGAAGCCUGUGUUAUUGUUUUUGGUUACCAAACAUGUUUAAAUAUUGUAACCUCUUAUUUUUUUCUUUUUGUUUAAAGUUGAAUUCAAAAUUCUUAAUGUAUUGACUGUUUUUGACUCAGUACAUCAAGAAUUGUAAAGAUUAUUUAGCCUGAUUGAUUGUAUUAGCAAAUGAAAUGUGGUAAUUUAAGCCUAGCGCAUGCUGCCAACUUUCUUACAGUAAUAGAAGCAAUGAUCAUUUGUUAGGCAGUCAGCUAUGCAGUUGAGUUAUUGCCAUUGCUGAUCAUGUGACCAGUCAAAAUGGCAGCUCCCAUAGAGGAAAAUCUAGCUGAGAUGGGUGGCCAUUUUGUAAAAUCACAUGAUAUUUUAGAUUGUGCUGAUUGAUCGAUGAAAAAAACUCAACAAGAGAUUGCUUACUGUCGCAUGCAUAUCAGUGACAAGCAUAUGGGGCGAUUUCUUUUUCUAGCGAUUAAAAUUUGCUAACAAAUUGCCAGAGAAAAUGGCAGGUUUGCACUAGGCUUUAGUGAUAUUAAAUUGUUAAAUAUUUCUAUAUGGCAUUUAUAAUUAAGGAGAUAAUUUUAAAUAAUGUUUGAAAUUAAUAUAGCUCAGUUUAAAGUGUUGCAUUUUGGGUAAAUGAUAUUGAAUUAGACAAUAUUUUCAGGUGAUUUAAAGGAGCUUAAAGUAUUGCAUUUUGGGUAAAUGAUAUUGAAUUAGAUGAUAUUUUCUGUUUAAAUCAUGUUUGAAAUUAAUACAGCUUAGUUUAAGGUGUUGCAUUUUGGGUAAAUGAUGUAUUGAAUUAAAUAAUAUUUUGGGGUGAUUUAAAGGAGCUUAAAGUAUUGAAUGAAAGUAUGGUCAAAGAUCGCUCAUAUGACACCUGACGCGAUGUCCCACUAUAACCUGUCAGAUAUUAUGUAGCAGAGGCCAUUGAAAGUAUAUAAAAGACGAAAUGAAAUAUAGUUUAAUCAGAUUGAGCCGAUAGUGAAAGUGACCAUCUUGAGAGAGUACCUGUAUAGCGAGAUAGAUUCAGAAAUUCCCGUUAGCUCUCAUAUGUAUUUUUUUUUUCAGGCACCUUUUGAACAAAGUGUUAUCGAUAAUUUCUUUAGCAUUUAACAAAUUUGAUAUUAUUAAAACAAUAUUGUCUUUAGCAUUUAUUAAUUUUGUCUAGCAUUUAAUAAUUUUCUCAAAUUUUGAUAUUAAAAAUGAUAUUGGUAAGGAUUUACUAGAUUAUUAAUAUUGAUUUAUAGUUUUACACCCCCCCCCCCCCCCACACACACACACAGAAAAUACAGGUAAAAACCGAUAUUAACAUGGUUAAAAUGAUAUGAAUUAGAAUAUCAUGGUUUUUAACAGCAUAUAAGACCUGGAUUGAUAAGUCUAGUGACCUAGGGCAUUGAUUCGGUCUCUUUAGUCCCAUACGUCAUCGUUGACAAUUACGAAUCGCAGAAAGUAAUCUCCCUGUAUCGUAGGAUUUCACGAUGUAUACAUUAUCUAGAAAUCCAUCUUAUCAUUAACGCAAACUUAUAGUGAAGGCAAUUUGCAAUCGAUUAAAAUACAUUUCAGAGUUUAAACUGCUAGAACAAUAAUUCUGUUGAAAUUUUCGAGAUUUCAACCUAAACAGCUGUAACAAAGAAAGUAAUAUAACGUCAUAAUUUAACAUUUUGUGUUUUAUCUCAUGAUUGAUGUUGUCUGUAUCUGAAUGUUCAUCUCAUCAUGAUUGGUGUUGUCUGUAUCUAGAUAUUUAUCUCAUCAUGAUUGAUGUGAUCUGGAUAUUUAUCUCAUCAUGAUUGGUGUUAUCUGUAUCUAGAUAUUUAUCUCAUGAUGAUUGGUGUCAUCUGUAUCUAGAUAUUUAUCUCAUCAUGAUUCGUGUUAUCUGUAUCUGGAUUAUAUAUAUUUAUCUUAUCAUGAUUGAUGUUAUCUGUAUCUAGAUAUUUAUCUCAUCAUGAUUGGUGUUAUCUGUAUCUAGAUAUUUAUCUCAUCAUGAUUCGUGUUAUCUGUAUCUAGAUAUUUAUCUCAUCAUGAUUGAUUUUAUCUGUAUCUAGAUAUUUAUCUCAUGAUUGGUGUUAUCUGUAUCUCAUCAUGAUUGAUGUUAUCUGUAUCUAGAUAUUUACCUUAUCAUGAUUGGUGUUAUCUGUAUCUAGAUAUUUAUCUCAUCAUGAUUGGUGUUAUCUGUAUCUAGAUAUUUAUCUCAUCAUGAUAGGUGUUAUCUGUAUCUAGAUAUUUAUCUUAUCAUGAUAGGUGUGAUCUGUAUCUAGAUAUUUAUCUCAUCAUGAUUGAUGUUAUCUGUAUCUGGAUAUUUAUCUCAUCAUGAUUGAUGUUAUCUGGAUACUUACCACAUGUUUGGUGUUAAAUGUAUCUAGAUAUUUUAAUUGUUAUAAAAUUAAUGGAUAGCUGUCUCCAUAUUUGAUAUUGUAAUUUUGUUAUAUCCCAAGGUUUAUUGUAUAUAAUGGUUAUGACUCUUAUCUCUUUGACAUAAGUGACAGAAUUCCUAAUUCCUUUGGGACCAUUUCUAAAAAUAUUAAGGAUUACAAUUCAAAAAUUUGGUACUAGCAUAAUGGUUUUCUUAGAAACACACAUGCUGGAUAAUGUGUUUGUAUUUUAAGUUGUUUAAUGGUCUUGUGCAUUUAGUCUUAAUGUGUAUGAAAGAUAUAAAAUGAAUUAGAACCGCAUAACAUGGCAGCCCUGAUCAUUGAGUCAACUGGCGUGGUUUCGAAUCCCCAGUUGUAUGUGACAUGGAGUAGGGUCGCCUGUCCAACCUUGUGGGUUUUCUCCGGGUCCUCUUGUUUCCUCCCACUGCUAAAGACCCCUACGCACAAGCGAAUUAUUGAAAUAUAAAAUUAAACCAUAUGUUAGUCCCGAAAUGACCUAGUUUGUGUUGAGUGGACGUUAAACCCCAUCUCUCUCUCUGUGUGAUCAGGGCGGAGAUCUAUUCUCAAAGUUCUCUGUGUUCAGAAAGGGCUGAUAGUAUGACUAGUUGAUAUGCAUACAGAAGAUUUGUCAAUGGCGGGCGCCACAGUGACUCACUGAGUAAUAGUCCGGUUCACUGGCCUGGAGGUCUCAAGUUAGCUCCCAGUAUUGGCCGAGAAAAGUUCUCAGGAUAUUUUUGUCAUAGUUGCCCUGUGUAAGUGGUGCAGGACGGAGUGCAUUACGAGAACAAUUGUCAUGUUGACUGUUGCAAUUCUAUAUAAAAGUAAGCCAUAGUGCCAUUGUCCGGACAAAAAUUCCUUCAUAGCACACUGUAUUGAACCCCAUUUCAUUUCUGUCAAUGGCAAAAUAUGGUUGUGAGAGAAAAUAUGUAAAAAUCAGGAAAAUAUAAAUACAAUUGUUAUUAAUUAUAUUUAAAUGGGUUAGGCGUAUUAUAUGUAAGACAAUAAAUAUUAUGGUUAAACUGAACAUACAUUAUGUGAAACUGGAUUGUGUAAGAAAAUAAAUAUUACGGUUAAUUUAUAAACUGAACUUAUAUUUUUUGAAACUGGAUUGUGUAAGACAAUAAAUAUUACGGUCAAACUGAACUUAUAUUAUUUGAAACUGGAUUGAGUAGGACAAUAAAUAUUAUGGUUAAACUGAACUUAUAUUAUUUGAAACUGGAUUGUGUAUAUCUUUUGUUGCUAAUUGUCUUAUUUUUGAGUGAUAUGAAGUGGAGUUUGUUUUAUAAAAGAGAUUAUUUUGAAUAUAUUGUAUGUGAUUGAACCCAUUGAUGGAAUAAAAAGAUGAUCAAAAGAAUUUGUAAAUUUAUGAU